UCUCUCAUCCUACAUUGAUAUAUAGAUAUUGUUAGUUAAGUUGUGUUUGGGGGUUUGUUGGGUAGUUUUGUUGGUUAAGCCUUGACCAUCCAAUCCCAUAUAACCAUCACCCACAAUUUUCUCUCUUUAUAAUUUUGUGCCUCUUCUUUGCUACACUCAACUCUCUUGGAAACUAAAAUUAAAAUGGCUCGACUGCCACCCAAAAUACCUCCCAUCACCCAAAAUUUGCCUCACCAAAAAACCUUCAAUUCCACCACCGCCGCCGCCAUGUCCUCCCACCCUUCAUGGGUGGACGAAUUCCUAGACUUCUCCUCCGCGAGGCGCGGGGCCCACCGCCGCUCGGCCAGCGACUCAAUUGCCUUCUUUGAGGUGGAUGAAGAAGAAGAAACUCACCACCACAACAUCAAUAAUUCCAACACCAGUACCAUCAAUCUUGAAGCCGCCUUCGACCGCCUCAACGACGAGCAAUUGUUGUCUAUGUUCUCCGAUGACGUGCCACCGGCUACAUUGUCCUCCCCGUCGCCUAUUUCGUCCACACCGUCGGAUCAAAAUAGCAACAAUGAGAACAAACCAAUGUCGUUAGAUCAACAACGUGAACAACAGCAGCCUAAGCCUGAGCCAGGAGAGGUGGAGAGCUCAUGCAAUAUUGAAUCACAGCAGGCACCUGCGGUCAACACUGCUGAUCCUAAAAGGGUUAAAAGAAUUUUAGCAAACCGGCAAUCUGCACAGAGAUCUAGAGUAAGGAAGCUACAAUACAUUUCAGAGCUUGAACGCAGUGUAACAGCAUUACAGAGUGAAGUAUCUGCAUUGUCUCCAAGAGUAGCAUUCUUGGAUCAUCAAAGGUUGAUUCUUAAUGUUGAUAAUAGUGCUUUGAAGCAACGGAUUGCUGCCUUGGCUCAAGACAAGAUUUUCAAAGAUGCUCAUCAAGAGGCAUUGAAGAAGGAAAUAGAGAGACUAAGACAAGUGUAUCAUCACCAACAACAAAACCUCAAUGACAAGAUUAACAACAAUGGAUCACCACCACCAUAUUCAGACAACAUGGGUUGUACGGACAAGGAUCAUCAAAUACUCAUCACUUCUCAACUCAGAUAAUCAAUAUAUAUAUAUAUGUGGUUCAUCUGCCAAAAACCUUAAAAUUUAAUUGGGUUUCACGUGAUGUGCUGCCACUACCAUAUAUUAUUAUUAUGGGUCCUCUGUGAAAAGCUUGUGAUAGAUACAAGACUAUCAAUGGUAGGACAAGAACACAGGUGGAGUUCUAGGAUUGGAUGGUGGUGGGUGAGAGCACUGUGUUGUGCAUGUGUUCUGGCUGUGAAUGUCUUUUUUAGGAGGAUUGAUUUGAUCUGUUUUCAAUUGAUUUAUUCUUUUUUCUCUCAAUCACUUUGUGGGAGCAAAAGAUGGUGGCUCUUAUUGUUUUUUGGGUGGGGGAACUGUGUAUUUUGGUUGGGAUUUUGUCAGUUGUCAGGAGUAAAAGUACUUGCCUGAUUAAUUGUAAAACCAAAAAAAAGAAAGA